AUGGAUACAGACUCGACGACAGGCGUCCUGCGACCCUCUAUCGAGGAAAACCCGGGGCUAAAUACUCUCGUGCUAUCAGGCCGAUCAAUAUUUUCCGAGAAUACGGCAUCUAUACCCCUCUAUCAGUUGAACAAGGAGGUAACCUCGACCUCCCAUAAAGGCUCGACCAUCAUGUUUGAACGUGUCGAGUAUGAUGGACCUGGAGAAGCAGAAAGCAUGACAUCGAUCAAGCAGCGGAACCAACACCUGUUUUAUCUCGUGCAUCCAGUAAAUGCUCAGUACAGAACAGACCUGCCUGCCUAUUACAUCACAUCUGCGUCGUCCGACAUGGUUGGAAACGUCCAGCUCCAAGCCUCCAAGAGUCUUUUACAGAAAGUCGAGUUCAAAGCAAUUUUGAGCGCCGGGAAGACUUCGUCAUCUGAUAGAUUGUUUGACCAGGAUAGCCAAGAGACACUUUUCGAGGUCAAGUCGAAAUGGAAGGGCGGCCAGUAUCAGUGGGUCGACUCUGCAGGCAGGAAGAUUGCCCACGAGGAAGGGAAAGGGCAGCACAAGUUGGUGAUUUCAGUUCCAGUUCCGCAGCAAACCAAAGACGCACUCGUUGCAUUGUGGGCUUUGAAGAUCUGGCAUGAUACUUUGGAGACCAGGGCGGCCAAGAGAGAAGAUUAG